GACGUAACUGGCAGCCAGAAACAUGCACAGACACGGUGAAGUCUAAGCAUGCAGAUAAGCUGUGUUUUGCCCACGCCCAAGUCAGACACAAAACAGCUUCAGAGAGCUACAGAGCACUGGAUCUCCGAGUAUCUCACGUCAGAAAAUCUUCACAAUGUUCCUUGCUAAAGCUUUGCUGAGUGGAGGAAGUGGUAGUAGUCGUGGAGGAAACCUUGCACGUGGCCUUGGAGGGCUCCUAACAGGAGGCGGAGGUGCAGGGAAUAUUGGAGGACUUGUUGGAGGUCUUGUCAACCUAAUAAGUGAAGCAGCAGCUCAGUAUAAUCCAGAGCCACCACCACCUCCUCGCAAUCAUUUUACAAACGUGGAAGCUCAGGAGAGCGAUGAGAUCAGACAGUUUCGUCGCCUGUUUGCCCAGCUGGCUGGAGAUGAUAUGGAAGUGUGUGCCACCGAGCUAAGGGACAUCCUGAACAAAGUCCUUUCCAGACACCAGGACUUGAAGGCCGAUGGCUUCAGCUUGGACACCUGCCGUAGCAUGGUUGCCGUCAUGGACAGCGAUGGAAGCGGCAAGCUGGGCUUUGAGGAGUUCAAGUAUCUGUGGAACAACGUCAAGAAGUGGCAAUGUGUGUACAAGCAGUACGAUGCUGCUCAGUCAGGCGCUGUUGGGAGAGCCCAGCUGCCAAACGCUUUGAAGGCCGCGGGGUUCCAGCUGAACGAGCAGCUGUGCCAGGUGAUCGUGCGCAGGUACGCCGCCGAGGACGGCAGCAUGGAUUUCAACAGCUUCAUCAGCUGCCUGGUGCGGCUGGACAGCAUGUUCCGGGCCUUCAAGGCCCUGGACCACGAUGGGAGUGGGCACAUCAGAGUGACCAUUGAAGACUGGCUGCAGCUGACCAUGUAUUCGUGAAGGUGUGGCAAAGAAGUGGCUUUGUCUGGAAGAUACACCCAGAGGACUACACUCCUCUGCUACACAACUGUGGUCUUUGCCUUUAGUCUUUCUAAGGCAGAUGUAGCUAGUGGUAGGUGGCUCAGCUUCAAGUGUAGUGGUUCCUCUUGUGCAUGCACUAGUCUGCUUUUCUGGGGGGGUCUGUGUAGAUUGUUGAUUGGGCAGUUGCAUAAGUUCAGAAAAUUCUAGAUUCUAAGGUUAGGGAAUAUAUUGGAAAGAUCAAAGCUUAGUUACUUUUUCAUGUAAAGUGGCUUGUAUACUAGUAUAACUAUUAUACAAAAAGCUCCUAAGUUUGGUGUUGAUGUUGCUGUUCUGAUUUGUCAGCAGUCAAUAAGCUGGAAUAAAGGCUGUUUGCCUGAAGGCAGUCACUGGUAGAGUCUUGUGCAGUUAUUUCUAACAAAGGGAACAACAUUAGAGUUGCAAUAACUGUAAUGAUCAGUGAACUUACAUAAUCAUUCCAUUUCCUUUCUACUUCUGCUUUUUCAUGCUUAGCUGCUGAAGCAAAACCUCAGUUUUACUAUCAGUUCUAUCUGGUGGCCAGGACAAAACUGAAGACUUAUAUGAGGCUACUUCUGCAAAGAUCUCCUUUCUACAGUUCCAUGAACUGGUCUUUCGUCUCUUUCCUUCAAGCCUAAACAUAGUUACAAAGCAAACAACUUAAAAUACUACACUUAUAUUUAGAGAAACUUGAAAUAAUUAUGCAAUCACAUAGCAGACAGAGAGUCAAAGUUAACCUUUGGCUAUCUGAGUGAAAUUUCAUCAGAGUGCAGCAUCCCACUCAAGAUAGUUAUGCAGCUCUGGCUAAGAUGUCAACUUCUGAGUAAAAAAAUAAAAGGAAUAGCAUGAACUGUCAAAAGUGCAUUUCUUUGAAUUAAGGAUUACAUUGUUGAUCAAAACAGCUCCUGCACAAGGCAGAUUUUUUGGCAAGGCUGUGCUGCCUUAAACAAAAAUUGUCUCGGGUGUGUGCAAGCUGGCUGGAAUAUGAAAAGAUGAGUUUAAUCGGCAGCCUGGCACUAGAAGCAGUCUCCAGAUGUGAGAGCCCUCAUGCCUCUGCCCUUCCCCAGGGACACAGCAGUGACUCAUUGAGAAAUACCACUCAAUACCUGCAGGCCUUCUGCAUGUUAAUGGUUUCUGUGGAUUGGUUUGUUUUGUAAAUUUCCAUAGCUUUGUUUUCUAAAUCUUGCACUUACACUUGGCAAGUAGUAUUUUUCAAAUUGAUGCGAUAUCCUCCCUGGUAUACUUGCAGAAACCUUUUACUUGAAACUAACUUAAAAUUUGUGCCCAAACUUUUUCCUUCUGUACUUUGUUUAAUAGCAAACAGAAAAAUAUUCAUACUAUCAAAAAGAGGAGAAGAGGCCAAAGAGGCCAAUUCCUUCCUAAUGGUAUACAGCCUCCUCCACCCACAAUUCUUCAGUGGAAAAGCACUCAGUUAUCCAUUGUGCCAUGUAGUGCCAUUUGGGCUCUGAGUAAUAGAAAAGUGAGCAGGAGGUAAAGUGUGAUAACCUCCUCAAAAGUAUUGAUGCAGUAGUACUUUAAGCUUUGUACUGCAUCUGGCUUGCAGUCCCUGUGCAAAUCUAAAUGGAAAAUGCUUAUGACAGUGCACCUUUCUUGUUUUCCUGAGAUUUACUGUAUUAUUUAAAAAAAACAACAACAAAACUCCAGUUACCACAGCACGCUGUAGGGAAAAUAGUAGCAGAAAGCUGGCUUCUUUAAAGAAAACAAGAGUUGUUAAGGUUACAUUAUGUUUUGAUUGUUUUGUGUAGCAUAACUACAAAUACCCAAAUUCUGAUGUUCUACUUUACCAUUUAGAGAACUGGAGCUUAGCUCACAUGUUGCUUCCUAAAAAUAUUCUUGGGUACAUAGGCUGCAAACACAGUUAGAUAUGUGUAGAAAGUCAAUUGCAAGUGCUUUUUGCUCUGCUGUUGCACAUGCACUUAAAGUUUUCCUGUGUUUUCAGUUUAACUCCCAUUUCUUUUCCCAGGCAGCAAACCCAUCAUUUCGCCUUAACCAGAAUUCCAGAGCAUUUGGAAGUUAGCCAGCACCCUAGAGUUUGUAGAACUAGUCACAACAUGAUCUUGCAAGCAUAGUGACUUUAUUUCCUAAUAAAAUGGCUGGAGUUCUGUCUAUCAGACGGCACUCAGUUUUGAUUCCUGCGUUUUUGCACUUUAAUGAAAGUAAUAUGAUCUUUAUUUUGUCUUUUUCCUUUUCAUAUUUCCAUGUGCAGCCACAGCUGUGUUAACUUCUUUCAGAAAUUACUUUUAAUUAAAUUAUUUUAAAGUUUACUUCAAAUUCUUUUACUGUGAUACAUAUUCUUAAUUUUGAAGAUAAAUUUUUGAAAUAUUCUAAUCACAUCAAGCAAUCCUUUGCUAAGAAUACAGCCUGAAAAACUGUCCAAAAAUAAUAUUUUAUGGAACUUUGAACAAUUAUUAUCGGCACUCUUGCUUCAGUGGUUUUAAGACUAGAUAUUUGUAAUGUUGCACUUUAAAAUUAAGUCUGUUACCUCUGAGAACUACAAUGCAGAAAAAAUACUGAAAGUCAAACUCUGCACCACAAUAAGAGCUCAGAUUUGUAAAUAAAACAAAUUGUAAAAAUGUGUAUGGGACAACAUUGUCCUUUUCUAAUUAUUAAAAACUGCCAAAAGUUAUAACCCUUAA